UCUUUGUUUUCUCGCUCGAGUGCUCUUUUGCGUGAGCUCUCUAGCUCUCUAGCGGCGAUAUUUCCAGGGUUUGCUCGGCCGCCGCGAUCGAUCGAUCUAGCGGAGGGGAGUGAGCGGCGGCGCAAUGGCGGCUGGAUCCGGAUCGCCGACGAGCAUUGUGCCCAAGCUCCAGAUCUUCAUCGGCUACGACCCUAGGGAGCACGACGCGUUCGAGGUAUGCCGCCACUCCAUCCUCCGCCACGCCACAAUGCCGGUGGAGAUCACCCCCAUCAAGCAAUCCCAGCUGCGCGCCAGCGGGCUCUACACGCGGACCAAGGAUCCCACCGAGAGCACCGAGUUUUCCUUCACGCGCUUCCUCACGCCCUUCCUGGCGGGCUUCCACGGCUGGGCGAUGUUCGUCGACUGCGAUUUCCUCUACACGGCCGACGUCCGCGAGCUGGCCGCCCUCAUCGACGAUCGCUACGCGGUGAUGUGCGUCCAGCACGACUACACCCCCAAAUCGGCCACCAAGAUGGAUGGCGUCGUCCAGACGAGCUAUCCGCGCAAGAACUGGUCGUCCAUGGUGCUCUACAAUUGCGCGCACCCCAAGAACAUGAUCCUCACGCCCGCGCUCGUCAGCUCCCAGACCGGGGCAUUCCUCCAUCGAUUCCUCUGGCUCGACGACGCUGACAUUGGAUCCAUCCCCUUCGUGUGGAACUUCCUCGUCGGCCACAACAAGAUGGGCGAUGGCGCCGGGCUCCCAAAGGCGAUCCACUACACGUCCGGGGGGCCGUGGUUUGAGGCGUGGAAGGAUUGCGAGUACGCGGAGCUGUGGCUGCGCGAGAGGGAGGAUCUCCGGCGGGCCCAAGCGAUGAUCCACAAGAACGCGGCGUCGAUGAUCCACCACGCGGACGAUUUGCUCAAGCUGGAGAUGGAUGGGAAGGCGCUGGAGGACCGAGUGGCGGAGGUGAGCGCGUGAGAGAGAUUUUCCCCCCAAAUCUAGCGAUGGGGAACAAGGAUUCUUUUCUAUGCUCUAGAAUAAGCGCUGUUCUUCGUGUAAAAUAUAUUUAUACAUACACAUUCUUUGGGUC